AUGCCUGUCAUCACCACCAAGGAGUCCGCCUCAGCCGUCGCCGACGCCCUCAAGGCCGAGGCCAGCGAGGCCAAGCCGGCGUACCUCGUCGUCUACGCCUCGCACCGUAACGGACGCUCGUGGUGCGGCGAUUGUACGGCGGCCGAGCCAUACAUUGAGAAGAAGUUUGGCGGCGACGAGAACACCGUUCGGGUCGUCUAUGCGGGCUUGCCCGAGGAGUGGAGGACAAAAGAGAACCCGUGGAGACAGGCGCCGUUCAACGUCACGAACCUGCCUACCCUGAUCAAAGUUUCUGGCGAAAAGAAGUGGGAAAAGCUUGUUGAGGCGGAUGUCUACGACCAGAAGAAACUCGACGCCUUCGUCGGCGGCAACAGCCGCCUGUGA